AAACCUAGAAAAAUUCUAAUUUUUUGAAAUUCAAGAACUGUAUGUUGUGUGUAACUUGAGAAACAACUUCUGUGUCCCCAUAGAGCCAUCACUUGAUCGUCGCAAAAAUCUGUGCGGGAACUUCGGAUAUACAUCUAUUGGACCUCUUCGGCUUCCUCAUAAUUUUUGUCUUCUCAACUGUUGUUCUAGUUUGGAUCCAAACACAGAAAGGGAGUUCUCUGCUCACGAGUUCAGAAAUACAAUAUGUAUCAUCCUACUAGAGGUGGAGUUCGUGGUGGUCGAGAUCAGUUUAGUUGGGACGAUGUUAAGAUCGACAAGCAUCGUGAGAAUUAUCUUGGCCACAGUAUAAAGGCCCCUGUUGGUAGAUGGCAAAAGGGUAAGGAUCUACACUGGUAUAACAGAGACAAAAAAACAUGGAGUGCCGAAAUGGAUGCAGCAAAAGAGGAGAUUAAAAGAAUUAAGGAGGAAGAGGAUCAGGCUAUGAGGGAGGCUCUUGGAUUAGCUCCUAAGCGUGCAAACCGAGCUCAAGGUAAUCAACUUGAUAAGCAUGAGUUCUCAGAACUUGUGAAGCGAGGUUCUACUGCAGAGGACUUCGGUGAAGGGCAUGCAGAAGCAGCAAACAUACAUGGUCUUGGUUUUUCAAGAGCACCUGUCCCUUGGGAUGAUUCAACUUCUCUUCAACCUACAGUCAAUGGAGGUGCACCUGAAAUAGGGGAUAUUCCUGUGCCUAAGCUUCCACCAAAAGAAAAGGUUGAAGAGGAGUCCGAGGAUGAAAGCAGUCGAAGGAAAAGGAGGCAUGAAGAGAGGAAGCACAAGAAACAUGAGAGGCGUGAGAAACGCCAGAAGCAUGAAAAAGGGCAUUCCUCAGACAUGAGAAAACAUAGGAAAGACAAGGAGAAGAGGAGAUAUGCUUAGGACUUUGAGUGAAUGUUCUUACUUUGUGAUUAAUUGGAUCUGAUUCUUUGUAGGUGAUCAACUUCGUUUUAACUGGAUAUUGUAUAUGAGAGUAUAUGCAUAAGAAAAGUACACACUUGAUGAAAUUAUUGUACUUGUUGUCUCUUGCCGGUGAAAAAAAAAAAUUAAAAAAAUAAAAAAUAAAAACUUCUGUGUCCCCAUAAAACCCUUUGGAUUUUCCCCAGCUUUUAAUGUGGAUGGUUUGCCCUAAUAGGGAAUAAAGAGUAACAUGUACUUCUAGCUCUAUAAUGUUCUAUAUUGAGCAUGUUAAUGUGUAGUUUGAAAACUUUGGCACACAGACCAUUGCACUGGCUGUAAUUUAGCACAGGAUGACAAAUUGUUUCUGCAGUAUUGAUCAUGAAAGAGAGGACUGGAACCCAGUUGUAG